AGUGCGGUGAGGUAUACUUUGAGCCAACAUUGUAUAGUGGUGUAUAGUGUGUGCAUAAUAACAUUGUUUCUGUGUACAUUGUUUAUGUUACAUCAUGUCAGUGAAGGCAAUUUAGAUUCUCUUCAAACCCAGGAUAUUUUCAAUCCCUGAUGGUACUGAUGACAUCCAACAUGCGAGGUUAAAGCAGAUUUGAUUGCAUCAUGCAUGAAAAGCAAAACACGGACAAAUUCAAACGAUAAAUACAGACACGAAAAUUGGAGAAAAACAAACCCCAGCUCUUACAUUGCACGAAACCGGCGUCGGCUAUCUAAAUCUGGCCUCAUAUAUAUACUGCAUGCAUAUCAGUUCAAAGUCAUCAGUAACCUCCAACCAUCCAAAUCAUCAGUCCACCACAGCUUCACCUAAACGGCAUCAACAUGUUCAAGACCAUCAUUGCGCUCGUUGCCUGUCUAGUCGUCAUUGUGGCUGCCGGUGAAGACCAUGCGCAGUACAAGUUCGAGUACGGGGUUAAGGAUGGACACACCCACGAUCACAAGAGCCAGUGGGAACAUCGCGAUGGAGAUGUCGUGAAGGGGCAGUACACUCUGGAUGAGGCCGACGGGACUCAUCGCGUCGUGGAUUACAGCUCCGACCAUCACAACGGAUUCCAGGCUCAUGUGCAGCGCUCCGGACAUGCGCACCAUCCACACGGCGAGAGCUAUGCCAACGUUAAUCAGCAUUAUUAAUCUGUGAAUUUGUUCGCGGAAAUGAGGUGUGAAUGAGCAAUAAAGAGGAUGCGUUGAGAUUGUUUAAAAAAUUAA